AAUGCGACACACUUUGCAUUUACAGCCCAAAGCUACAGCACUUUGUGUUUUCUGUAUAGAAAUAUAUCUGUAUAUUUUAACACGCCACCGUCUGUUACAUGUCACCGUGUCCGUAUCGGUCUGUUGUUCUGUGAAGACGUAACGAAGCUUCCGACGAGUUAAACUCUGUUUGAUUCCUUCGCGGAAACAACUUUGUUGCUGCAGGGAGUCCGUUUUUCCUCCUCGUCCUCAGCUGCGUUUCCGACAUGAGAUCAGGUGGAUAGUGGGUUGCCGUGCCUGUGACUAAAAGUUUGAUGAUAGGCCACAGCUGCCACAGCCGCCAUCAUGUUCACCAAAAAGAAGAAGUCUCGUAUCCAGAUCUCCGCUCCAUCCAACUUUGAGCAUCGCGUACAUACAGACUUUGACGAGCAGGAGCAGAAGUUUGUCGGGUUGCCGCGGCAAUGGCAGUCACUUAUCGAAGACACAGCCAGAAGGCCAAAACCCUUUAUCGACGCGACUGUCAUCACUACUGUAGAGCCACGAAAGACAAUUGUACGUGGCAGCAAGCUUGGAGUGGAUGGCUCUCUGACCUGGCUGUUGGAUGAGUUUGACACCAUGUCUGUGACUCGCUCCAACUCCCUGAGACGAGGCAGCCCUCCCAUCCAGCCUCGCAAGGACUCUAGUUCUUCAGUAGGGGGGCAGGAGAACGGAGAUCCUCACCACAGACACUAUUCACACCCAGAGAAAGACCGACUCAGGUCAGACCACCACCACAGUGGAGGUGACCCCCGUCAAGGUCAGCGUGCGCUUCGCCCUCCUCAGUGGGAUGAGGGAGUCCAGGGUCGGCCCCAACAGCAGCCCCGGGGCCAAGAGCCCAGCAGAGCCCACAGGGACAGACCAGGCUCCGGCCCUCCUCCUCCGCCUCACAGGGACAGAGAGCCUCGAGACCGGGACCAGGUGGAUCAACCUAGUGACCACAGGCCAAAGUCCAGCUACAUGGUGCGGGAUGGCAGCCCUCAGUCUCCCAGGGAUAAGAGGCCUCUCUCUGGGCCCAACAUCCGUACUCCAAACCUGCCAGUAACAGAGGGGGUCAUGAAAACUGCCCAACAGACCACACGGCCAUUUAACACCUACCCGAGGACGGACAGCGAGGGCGGACGCAGCCCCACAGGACAGGCGGUUCGACACCAUGAAUCCUCCCCUCAAAAUGGCCCUUCUAGUGGCUCCUCACGAGCUUCCUCCGGCUCCAAGCCCCCUGUAAGCCACCCACACCCUCAUCACACCUCCCACCCCAGCCUGACCCCUGAGGCCACCCAGCACCCACACACCCCUCACCCCAACGUUCCAGCCCCACGGCCCCCUGUGCCCUCUGGGCCCCCAGCAUCAGGUGCUCCGUCACAGGGCCGCUCACCGCAGAGGGAGCCCCAGAGGGUUUCCCAUGAGCAGUUUAGAGCGGCGCUACAAAUGGUGGUGGAUCCUGGCGAUCCUCGGACCUACCUGGACCACUACAUUAAGAUAGGGGAGGGGUCCACAGGAAUUGUGUGCAUUGCCACAGUGAAGACCACCGGGAAACUGGUCGCCGUGAAAAAGAUGGACCUGAGGAAACAACAGCGCAGAGAACUUCUCUUCAACGAGGUGGUGAUCAUGCGGGACUACCACCAUGAGAAUGUGGUGGAGAUGUACAACAGCUACCUGGUGGGAGACGAGCUCUGGGUCGUCAUGGAGUUCCUGGAAGGAGGAGCUCUCACUGACAUUGUGACACACACCAGGAUGAACGAGGAGCAGAUCGCCACAGUGUGUCUGUCUGUCCUGAAGGCGUUGUCUGUCCUCCACUCACAGGGUGUGAUCCACAGAGACAUCAAGAGUGACUCCAUCCUCCUCACUCAUGAUGGCCGCGUGAAGCUGUCAGACUUUGGUUUCUGCGCCCAGGUGUCUAAGGAAGUGCAAAGAAGGAAGUCUCUGGUGGGAACACCAUACUGGAUGGCACCAGAGCUCAUAUCCAGACUGCCCUAUGGACCAGAGGUGGAUAUCUGGUCUCUGGGUAUCAUGGUCAUAGAGAUGGUGGACGGGGAGCCACCGUACUUCAACGAGCCGCCACUCAAAGCCAUGAAAAUGAUCCGAGACAACCUGCCUCCCAAACUGAAGAACCUGCACAAGGUCUCCCCUCUGCUCAAGGGCUUCCUAGACAGGAUGUUGGUGAGAGACCCGGCUCAGAGGGCCUCAGCCAGUGAGCUUCUCAAACACCCCUUCCUGACGAAGGCGGGUCCGCCGUCCUGCAUCGUCCCCCUGAUGAGGCAGAACAGGAUGAGAUGAGAUAUGUGACACCAAGACCUCCAGACCCUGGAGGGCAGCAUGUGCGGGUUCAGAUGGAACAGAAUACUCCUGCACACAGAGGGGUGGCCCACAGAGGUCAGAGGUCACAGAUAAGAGGUCUGUGCUUCGGGCAAAACCCUCGGAAAGAUCUGUGAGCUGCAGAGUGUAAACUGGAUGUGCAGGAGUAUUCUAUUUUUUCUUAUGUGAAUCACUGAACUGUGGGGAGUGUAUUCCUUUAAUAAGAGGCAAUAAGAUGGUGUGUGUGUGUGUGUGUGUGUGUGUGUGUGUGUGUGUGUGUGAGUGUAGGUGUAUGUUGGUAGCACUGUUAAUGACAGUGUUUCAUGGCAUAUGUGAGAGCAAAGAAGCCACAACUUGCCUGUCGUGUGAUUUUUGCCGAUUUCAUUUGAACAUUCAGUUUUAAUCGAGGACCUGGAACAAUAGUGGCUGUUUUUAUUUUUCCAUUUGGACCUUACCUGGAUUUCAAGUGUGAUGGUGGGGUUUUGCACACCAGUCGGAUACUUUGAAGGAGCCCUGAGCCCAUUGGCUGAUUUUAGAGACAGACAGAGCGCCGUUCUAAUCUCGCUCUUUGACGGUCUGGAAGCUGAAUUUUCUCACUACAAAGAUUUCUCUCACGGAUGGAUCCCAGACUCAGACACUAUCCUCAUCACACCCAGAAUCUACUACUGAGGGAGGAAAUCUUUUGACUCAAAUGAGUCAGACAAACUUUAUUUUGUAGCCAUAUAAACACUAGCUUCCUGUUGUAAACAAGCAAACAUACACUAAGUCGAAAGGUAAACACUGGAGUUGUGUUUUUUUUUAAUUCCCUCUUAUUUUCCUGUGUAAGUACAAUGAACAUAGAGAGAUAUAUCAGUUUUGAUGUUUUGCUAUCUCUAUUUUGUGAUUGUUUUAUUAUUAUUAUUAUUAUAAUGAUUUGUUUCCUGGUUUAUUUUAGAGAGAGAUGUGAUGAUUUUUGAAGCACUGUCAAUGAGAGAUAGAAGCUGCACUCCCGCUUGAUUCCAGCGCACAGAUAAUAGACACUAGAUUUUUUUUUGUUUUUGGACCAGACCAGACAGGACUCACUGACCUGUUUUACAGAAAUAUUAAGAGACAACAAUACCAACCCUUAAAACUGACUGGGUAUAAAAUCUUGACAAAGCACAUACAUUUCAUACACAUUUUAACAUGUUUUCUUUUAAACAGCUGCAUUUUAUAAAGGGUUUUUAUAAGAGAAUGCUUCCCCAACACUUUUGUUAACCUUAAAGGAACACUUUACCCACAAAAUGACCAUUUGUAUAUCAGUCAUACCAUGUUACGUUGAAUUUGUGAAGAAAACAUUUUUCUCACAUGCCUCCACGGAAAACAGUGAACAUACAUGGUCAUUUAAUUAACAAUUUCAGCUAAUAGAACUUCACAGUCUAAUGGUUCUUCUUUGGUAUUUUGACUUUUUUUUUUUCUUUGGUCAAUUCUGAACCCAGAGUACUUCAUGCUGAUCUGCCGCUCCUUGACAAUGAACACACACACACUUCUGGAUGCUGUCUUAUGUCACUUUUUGUCCCACCCAACUAAACAAACUGACAUUUUUUUGUAUGGCGUAGCACACUCACUGUUCUAGUUAUCGUGUACUUUUCUACAACCCUGAUGCCAAAAAAAAGUUGGGAUGCCAUGUAAAACGUACAGAAAAACAGAAAGCAAUGAUUUGCAAAUCCUUUGAUAACAUGAUAAACUUUAUUUUUUCUGUAAAUUUACACUCAUUCUGAACUUGAUUCCUGCAACAUGUUCGAAAAAAGAAGGGCCAUGGGCAACAAAAGACUGGGAAAGUUGUGGCGCGCUCAAAAACCAGCCUGCUCUCCCCGAAAAACGGCAACAUAGGUCGACGUUGCAAGCAGCUUAUUAUGACCCAUACUUAGAUUUACUGUAAGGUGGCACCCUCUAGCAGCCAUAAUUAAUAUUACAGGACCAAAGACUGCAUAAUGUUGUACAAUAUUAAGGAAGCCCCCAUAGGGUGGGCAGGAAAACACAGGACUUUCAUUCAGGAGACUGGUGUUCAUGUCCUGAAGUCACCAUGGACUUAUUUUAAUAACAAUAAUGACAACAUAGCAUAGUAUGCUAGUACGUGUAGCAUGCUACGUUAGUGACAUCUGUGAUGUGUUGUCAUUGGUGACAAAAAGUUUAUUUAGUUCAUCACUUUGAAAAUUAAAUAUCUUGUCUCUACUGUAUUUGGUGGACUUUUCAUACAGUUCAACAGCAUCCCACCUUUUUUGGAAUUGGGGUUGAACAUACAUAUACAUACGAAACUGCAGCUGUAGAUGCACUGUACUCCUGCUGAGUUCAACUUGUGGAUUCUUCAGGAGAAAAUGGAGAAGCCAGUGACUGAGAGGCCUUGUACCAAGUGUAGGAUGUAGGUAGGACGUACUCAACACUAAUGGAGUUUGUUUUCUUACAUUGUUGAUCAUUCCUGCAAAGCACAGCUAGCUGUGGUGUGAAGAUAAUGAUGUGACCACGAACUAAAGUCACUGUUAAUGAUUUUUGAUGCUGUGUAGCUACACUUCUUGGAAGAGGUAAAAAAAAACAAAACAACAACAACAACAAAAAACAUGCGUAAAAGCAGCAGUACCCUUCAGUGAAUACUUUCUGUAACUUCAAGCUUAUACAUUAUCACGUAUUUGGACUCAUAGAUUCAUAAAAACACUACUUACAUUGCCCUCAGUCUGUUAUCCAACCAGCAGGAGGAGAGAAAAUGUAAGAGACUCACUGUGUUUUGGACAGUUGCUGCUGGUAAAUUUGCUUUGCUGCCUUAAUACACGCGCACACAAGCAUGACUGCAUGCCUUGCCUGAGGGGAGUGUCUUACAAGUCAAAACAAGCUUGAUUGAUUGGAGUCAAUUUUUCCUGACUACAGUGACCACUCGCUGUAUUCUGGACUGUUAUGAACUCACGGCAUCCUGGACAGCAGGCAUUUCUAAUGCAUUACUAAGCGUUAUAUAUAUUUUUUUG